AUGGAAUUCUCAAAAUACGGCUCCGCCGAUCCCGAAUGGGCGGCCUACGCCGCCACCCUCCCGCCGCGCCCGACCUUGGAAAGCAACGACGCAGAAAAGGCCCACUACAAUGGCAUGCGCGAGAAGCUGGCGGCGACGGGCAUCGCGGCGUUUGAGGGCAAGAUCGUCACUCAUGACUACACUAUUCCCACCCGCGAUGGCGCCUCCAUCCCUGCCCGGACGUACCGGCACAAGGACCACGAGGCCACUCAGGGGCCCAGCGCCGUUUACAUUCACCUGCACGGCGGUGGCUUCUUCUUCGGCACGCUGGCGUCCGAGGAUGGCAUCUGUGCCCGCAUCACCGCCGACACGGGCGCGCUGGUCCUCAACGUAAACUACCGCCACACGCCUGAGGUUGCCUACCCGACCAUGUACCACGACGUCCAGGAUGCUUUUGCAUGGCUGCAUCAGCAAAUUGCUUCCGAUGAUCCGGCGCUUGGCGGCGGCAGGUUCGACCCGGAAAAGGUCGUCAUCGGCGGCAUCUCAGCCGGCGGACAGCUGACGGCGUCGUUGGUCGUCGCGCACCACCUCAAGCUGCCAGGCUGCGAGGUCCUGCAUGACCUGCCCACACCCGCGGGCCAGGUGCUAAUGAUCCCGCCCGUCGUGGCUCCAGAAUGCUACGACAAGAUCGGAGCGGCGCUUGCGGGGCCCGGUUCAAUGGUCGAGUGCGCAGAGGCGCCGGUGAUCCCGGCCUGGCGGAUCAAGUUCUUCAUGGACCUAAAGUUCAGGAACACCAAGCCCGAGGCGGAUGACUUUGUGUUGAACCCCGGCAACGUGCCGGUUGAGAAUCUCAAGGGCCUGCCGCCAACUACGUUUGGGGUGUGCGGGAUGGAUCCGCUAAGGGACGAGGCGCUCGUGUGGGCAAAGUGGUUGACCGAGCAAGGCGUGCCGACCAACGUUCAUGUUAUCCCUGGCUUCCCCCACGGGUUCAGGGCAUACGGCGCGAAGCUGUCGGAAAAGGCGUGCAAGCGCUGGGAUGACAUUAUGCACGGUGGGAUCAAGUGGGCAUUGUCGGAGCCCAAGGCGACUGGUGUUUUUGAGGUAAAGGAGCAGUGA